AUGAACGAGGAGAAAAGUCUGCCAAAGACCUUGAAGAGCGUCUUCUCGCAGAUGCCGGCUCCCUCUGAGGUGCUGGUAGUGGAUCCGGGGUCCGUGGACCGGACCUCGGAGACGGCCACGGCCUGCGGGGCCACGGCGCUCAAAGGGCCCCGGGGCCGCGCGGUGCAGAUGAACUGCGGGGCCCGGGCCUCCAAGGCGCCGGUGCUUUUGUUCCUCCAUGCGGAUACGGAGCUUCCAGAGGGCGCUCUGGAAGCAGUUCAGGCUGCGCUCUGCGAUCCGGAGGUGCUGGGGGGAUGUUUCGAGCUGCGCUUUGCGGAAGAAGCUGAGAGCCGCACACUGCAGCUUUGGAGUUGGAGCACCCGGGUGCAGUGCUGCCGCUCCAGCCGCCUGGUCUUUGGGGACCGGGGCAUCUUCGUGCGGCGGAGCGCCUUCGAAGAGCUGCAGGGCUACAGUGAAUGGCCCAUCUUGGAGGAUGUGGAUUUGGUCAUGCGCUUGGCGCGGCAAAGCCGCCGGUCCUUCAGCUUUGUGCCGCUGGCGGUGACCACCUCGGCGCGGCGCAUGUUGGAGGUGGGGCCAAUCAAGCAGCAGCUGCUGAACAGCUGCAUCAUCGUAGCUUGGUAUCUCGGCGCGAGCCCUGAACGCCUGCGAAACUGGUACCGCUACAAGAUGACGUGA